UGAAAUAAAUAAAUAAAUAAACCACUACCAGCUUCCCGCCUAAGGUCAUCAGUCUAGCGGGCAGGAGGGCGUUCCACGCUGCGUUUGCCUGUUCGUGGUCUCCACUCGAGAACUCGUCUAUCCCAGUCAGUCAGUGUGUCAAAUAAACGUUUCUAAUUUUUAUCUCUCUCCCAUUGAAUAUCUACGAUUGGUGAGAAGUUUUCACGUGUUUGUCGUAUCGUGCUUGUGUGUGGGAGCCCUUGUUGAAACUGGCAAUAUGUGUAUGUACUAAAUAGUUGUAACAUGCAUCGCAUCGACCAUGCUUGUGUGACUUUGACCCAUUUACCCGUCGCUCUGAAACAACGGACAGUAUGUGGCCUUGGCGCCAAUACAUUCUGAAUAAAAUAUACCUAUCUCUCAUACUUAGUAGUUGUUAUAGGCGAUAUAUAAAUAUUGCAAAAUGAUGCCUGUCUAUAACAAGUUAGAAUAUGCUCUGCUGGUAGAACAACACAACCGGACUGAUUGGCAGCCGGUACAACAUAAAAUACAAACUAGACAAAUUACUAACACCAAAAUUUGAUAUUUUUCAAGCCAAUAACUUCUACGGACGAAGAACAAUAAGAUAUAUAUAUAUAUUCCUCGAUUACUUAAUAACCUACCAAAUUCCUUAAAAGACAACAUGAAUAAAAAUAACAUAAAAUAUAAAUUAAAAGAUCACUAUCUAUCUAUCUACACCGCUAUUAAUUAGUAAAUAAUAUACCUGCCAUGUAAUAUACAGGGUGUGGCGUUAAAAGUGGUCCAAGCUUAAGGGUGUGAUACAUCAUACAAUAACCCAUCAAAUACACAAAUUUGUAAUUAAUGUUACCCAUAUUAUUUGUUUGUUGUUUUUUUUACUAAUUCACUAUUUGUAACAAAACAAAACAUAUUUAUUAAUGUACAAAAACACAUAAAAAAAUAUAUGAAAUAAUUUACAUAUACAUACACAAUACAAAACUAUGACUUUACGGCAAGAAAUCCGAAUGCACAACACCACGAUAGUCAAAUAAAACAGUCAACAUGACUUUGACUAACAAUCGAUCGAUAAAAUCAGAAUUCGCCGCGAGUACUUACUAUACUCUUCCACGGAAACAUCGUUUAAAAAUUGUUUUGAUGGUUAGAUUAUUCGUUGGCGUAUUUGUAUUAUAUUGUGUAUCGUUUCAGAAGCAGCAUACAUUGAAGGUGAUAAAAUAAAUCUGGAUUAAAAGCCAAUAUUUAGUGUUUUAUUUAUUUAAUCCCGAUACUUUUUACACAGAAUGUAUAUCAUUGUAUAUUGCUCUUUCUGCUUACUAAGCAAUUUUUGCAACACCCUAAUAGAAACAGAGUUAAACCUUAAGCCUUAAUAGUCCAAUAAGUACAACAAAGUGUGGUUUAUCAAUUUCAAAUCUGCUUUAUCAUGGUGUUCAAACUAUUUGAUAACAUAAUUCUUACGAAACUGGGCGGAUAUAUCAUUUAAAUUAAAAAGUUUAUCUAUUACGUGUAGUGAUGGCGGCGGCGGCGCGUAUCAGGAUACAUCGGACUAGAUUUGUAAUCUGUGUUGUGGACAGUUAUUUUCCAAAUCAGAAAUAGGUACCACGCCGUUUGUCACGGAUUAGUGUGUCGCCUGGUGUGAUACAGUACUUACUAACAGUGAAAAUAUACGAGACAUCUAUUUCAAAACUUAUACAGUGAAACUUGGUGGCGACCCCAGGCUCGCCCAUACCGUCGACGAGCCGCACGACGCCUGAAGAACUGGCGGAGAUGGAGAUGGCGGCCUUCAGGGGGCUACAGGGAGAUGAUCAGGUCAGUUGGGAUUGCAAUCAAAAUGCGUUGGCUCUCCGGAGGGCCAGUGGGGACAGCAUAGGUGAAACACAGUUCAUUUCCCAGAUCAACUACCAGGAGCUGCAGAACGACUCGGCCACCGACGCCACCUCCACAUCCACCUUCGCCGAAGACUUCCUCGACGAAACAUUACAGCUCGAAGAUGACAUUCACCCCGCCAUGUUGAAUUUAGACCUCGACGAUGGCGCCUCAACCUCCGCUGAUGCAAACUCCUUGCAGUUCGACGAGUUGUCUAUGGCUCCCAGUGAAGACCUGUCGAUACACUGCAGCGCGUUGAAGAGGCCGAAGAAAAGCAGGUCGAAAGAGGAGCAGCAGAUGAGGGAUUUCGAUAUGUGGCAAGCUAGUAACGUUGAAGUUAUGGAGAACCUCCUCAGCAGAAGAUGCCCGCUCGAUGAGCAGAUCAAAUGGGAGGCGAUCGCCACAUCUCGCGGCCUCUGCACGCUCACCGAUAUCUGUACAUGUAACGACUGCCGACGCGCCAAGUACUUAGCUGAGGUCACUGAUGGAGAUGGGGGCAUGGGGGCUGCGCCUCUGUUCAACGCCAUCACCGUUGGAUGCUGUGUGCAGUAAACCUGACGUGUAUCAUUUUGGAGAUUUUUAAACGCCUUUGGCUGAAAGGGAUUUUUCUCUGCACUACCGGUUAGUGGUCAAGCACGUUUGCAAUGUCGCGUGUGAAUGGCUGAAGCUGAUUUGUCUAUUGCAGACUCUGUUUUGAAUGUGGUUGGCUGAAUAUACGACGUCAUUAAUUAUUGAAGUUUUGGUAAAAAUGGCCUCUCACAAUAGAAUUUUGUACGAUACAACAUACUUAAAUUAUUUUGGUUUUAGGUAUGAUAUAGGUAGUUUGAUUUAGUAUACUUACUAUAUUUAGUUAUAAAAAUAAUACAAUAAUAUACUUACGGAUUUUAAUACCGAGCUCAUUUUUAAUAUGAUUUUUUGAUAUUACGCAAUUUAAAAACACAUUUAAUAUGGUAAUUUUUUUCUCUCAGGUUCUGUUUUCCGCUGAUUUAAAAACUACCCAUAAUGUAUGAAAAUGUCAUGAGUUAGUGUUGACAUACACUUAAAAUUGUGAAUUUAUACUGUGUAUAGCUACAUCCCUUUUAAAUUUUUCUAGAGCGAUAGCGAUAAUGGACUGAUGAAUAAUGUGAAAUUCACUUUUCUACCUACACUUUAACACUAUUAAUUCUUGUAGUUUUAUUACGUACUUAUACCUAUAAAUGUGGUAGACUUUAGGAUGUAUACCUAGGUACUGAUUGUCUAAAGAUAUACUCAGUUUAAUAUACUUGUAUAGGUAAAUCUGUAUACUAAUUAUUACCUAUAUGCUUCCAAAUCCUUUCAGUUUACACAAAUAUUUUUCAAUUCCAAUUUUGAAGAUUGUUUAAAAUGGCUCCAUCGUUAUGAAAAAUAAGUCUUGUUAAUCACUGAGAAGGCCAUCGUCACCAUUAUAACUGCAUCAGACUACAUCAGAGGAUGUUACUUAAAUUGUACCUACCUAAGAUUUAAAAGUCUCGUCAAUUUAGAUAGUAUUUGUAGUUUUGAAAAGGAUUGUAUCUAUUGAUGUGAAAUCCUGUAUCCCCUGUGGGGCAAAUGACACAAGUAUACGUGUCUAUUUUACUACCAAUUUACCUGUCUGAUCAUGCCAUCUUUCUUCAUUGGCUAAAGAGCAUGUCAUUAGUAAUA